AUGGCUGCAUACACUACCGAAGAAUACGCCGAUAGUAAUACGCGAGAAGCACAAAUAAUUUAUGAGGAGCAAUACUCCAAUAUGCGUGUGCCCCACCACAAGAUUUUUGCUAACAUUUUUCGUCGAUUAGGGGAAACAGGCAAUCUAAAUUUUCAAGAACCGAGGAUCAAUCGGAGGCAGUAUGAUGUUGCUGUAGAUGAAAACGUAAUUCGCGCAUUCGAUGAGGAUCCCACCACUAGUACAAGGAAAGUAGCUACAGAUCUGAACAUUUCUACAUGGAAAGCAUGGUCAGUUGUCAAGGCAGAAGGAAGGCAUCCUUUCCAUUACACCUCAGUGCAAGGUCUUCUACAAGCCGACUAUGAGCGACGGGUACAAUUUUGCAGCUUUUUGCUUCACGCUGACGUUAAAAAUGGACACUUUUUAAAAAGCAUCUUAUGGACAGAUGAAUCAACAUUUACACGUACGGGGAUAUUUAACCAACAUAAUUUACAUUAUUGGGAAAACAAAAACGUAAAUCCGCAUGUAAAGGAUCAAUAACCUUCAAAAUAUUUUAUAAGCAAAUUAUAUUAUAUUCUAGUUAUAGGAAAUGGUGCAAUCUAAAUAAUAUCUGGUAUUGUUACCAUGGGUACAUUAACCUUAAAUAGCUUAGUAAGCAUUAGGUAUUAUUCCAUAUAUUAUAAUAUACCAGUCCAAUGACAUUAUGUAUUUUGCUGAAUAAUUAAUUAGGAAGUGAAUUAAACAAUAUAUGUAAUAUAAUGGGGUAUUAAUAAAAUGUGAUUGAUAGCAGCAAC